AUGUCCAGCUUCCCUCUGCUGCUGCUGCUGCUACUGCUCUGGGGUCCCGGCUCUUAUGGCUUCCCAGCACUUCCAGAAGGCAACCGGCAAGAUGUGGAGAAAGUCUGGAAAUUUCUGGAAAACUACUACAAAUUGGAUGAAUACCUGCCAACUGAAAAGCUGAAAGGCACGGGGUUGACGAUUGAAAAGCUGAAGCAAAUACAGCAAUUCCUUGGGCUGAAGGUGACUGGGAAGUCAGUUCCUCAGUCCCCAGGAGUGGGGAGGAACGCUGAGCCUGAGGCAGCUGAUGAGGUCCUGUAUGUGACUGAAAACAACCCUCGCUGGCAGAAAACACAUCUGACUUACAGGCUUACAAAUUACGAAACGCAUUUGCCAAGAGAAGUUGUGGAUCGUUCCAUUGACAGAGCCUUUAAGCUCUGGAGUGACGUGUCACCUCUAACGUUCUCCAGGAUAUUUGAGGAUGAAGCAGAUAUAAUGAUAACCUUCUUCCGUGGAGACCAUAAUGACAACAACCCCUUUGAUGGACCUGGAAACCUACUUGCUCACGCUUUUCAGCCAGGCCCAGGGAUUGGGGGCGACAUUCAUAUAGAUGCUGAUGAAACCUGGACUGACAAUACUGACGAUUACAACUUGUUCUAUAUUAUGGCUCAUGAAGUGGGCCACUCCCUUGGCCUCUUCCAUUCUUCUGAUAUUGGAGCUUUGAUGUACCCCAGCUACUCUCUGUACACUGAAGACUAUGUGAUGCCUCAGGAUGACAUCGAUCACAUCCAAGCCUUAUACGGACCUUCCCUGAAUCCCAUCCAGCCAACGGGCCCACAGACUCCAAGACCAUGUGAUAGUAGCCUAACUUUUGAUGCUGUCACUUCUUUUCGGGGAGAACUGAUGUUCUUUAAGGACAGGUUCUAUAUUCGGGUAAAUCAUUUUAUGCCUGAAGUGGAGCUCAAUUUUAUUGGCAUUCUCUGGCCAGACCUGCCAAGAUCUGAACUUGAUGCUGCUUAUGAGCUUAGUGAAAAGGAUGAAGUCCGGGUUUUCAAAGGUAAUGAGUACUGGGCUGUUAAUGGACGGAAUUUGGUGUCUGGAUACCCCAGGGACAUCUACAGUUCCUUUGGCUUCCCAGAAUAUGUGACAAAUAUCGACGCUGCUGUUUGUGAGGAAGAGAUUGGCAAAACAUACUUCUUUGUUGGAGACAUGUACUGGAGGUAUGAUGAAAAUAAGCUGGUCAUGGAUGAAGGUUACCCCAGACUUAUAGCACAGGACUUCCCUGGAAUUGGCCAGAAAGUUGAUGCUGUUUUCCAGAGACAAAGAUUUUUCUAUUUCUUUCAUGAAUCAAAUCAGUAUGAAUUUAAUCUUGAAGCGAAGGAAGUUCAUUUUUCCAACAUAACUAAUAGCUGGUUCAACUGCUAA